CGCAGUUACAUGUUAUACAUUUACCACAACGAUAUCAAAGACACGAACACCCAGAGCAGAGUACGACUUCCUUGAAAUGUCAGAGACAGCAAAAAGUGCGCCUGCGCAAUACAAGCAGCCCUCGAGGAAAGGCAAGAAAGCAUGGCGCAAGAAUGUGGAUGUUACGGAGGUCAAUGAAGGGCUCAAAAAUUUACGGGAUGAACUUAUUCUAGGUGGUGUUGUUGCAGAAAAGUCCGCCGACGAUCUUUUCGCCGUUGAUACAGCUGGCUCUGCCACCAUUCAAAAAUCAUACAACAAGAAGAAUAAGCCAUUGAGGGCCGACGAGAUACUGGCCCAGCGUUCGGCCAUACCUGCUGUAUCCUCGAGAAAGAGGCUAUCGGAUGGCGAUAGCCAGAGUAGCAACAAGCGGCGCAAGAAUGGAGUCUCACACAAGGAAUAUGAUCGUCUUCGUUCGAUUGCAUAUGGUGGAGAUGCCGUGAACAAGGAUGUGGUCGAAGUCCAUGGUGCAGCAUAUGACCCAUGGGCUCCAACAGAAAAUCAGGUUGAUCCACGUUUUAACUUUUUAGAGGAAAAGAAAGCGCGAGUCGAACCGAAAUCUCUCAAGGAAGCGCCAAUAUCACUCACAAAGAGUGGGAAAGCUGUACCAGCGGUACGAAAACCGAAGGCUGGCAGAUCCUACAACCCUCAGGUCGAUGAUUGGGAAGCCCUGCUCACCAAGCUUGGUGGGGAGGAGGUUGAGGCGGAGAAGAAGAGGCUUACAACCGCCAAGGAAGAAGCCGAGCGAAUGGAGAAAGCAUUGGCCACAGCCGCAGAACCAGACCCAGUCACCGAUGACGAAGAUGGUUUCGAGAGCGAAUGGGAGGGUAUUCAGAGCGAGGCGGAGGAUGAGACCUUGAAGCAAAAGAGGCCGCAACGCAAGACCCAAGCUGAGAGAAACAAGAUAAAUCGAAGGAAGGAGGCGGAAGCACUCUUGAGACAUGAGAAGAAGCAGUUGGAAAAGGAGAAGCAAGUUGCUAAGAUAAAGAUAUUUGCUCAGGAGCUUGCUCGCAAAGAAAAUGCUCGUAAGGUUGCUCUUGCUGUACAAGCUCCCGAGGAUGUCGAUUCAGACAGCUCAGACGAGGAAUUAAGAAGGAAGCGAUUAGGAAAAAUCCGUGUUCCCGAAGCACCCCUCGAGGUUCUCCUCACUGAAGAUCUUACGGACUCUCUGCGGAAACUGAAACCUGAAGGCAACUUAUUGAAUGAUCGCUUCCGCAACAUGAUGGUUAACGGAAAGAUUGAGAGUAGGAGACGCAUUAGUCAACCAAAGAAGCGUAAGGUUGCACUGACAGAGAAGUGGUCAUACAAGGAUUGGAAGCUCAACUAGAGCACAUGGCGCUUAUGUGUCCUCACAGUAGACAAAAUCAACUGUACUCGUGGUUUUCUGCUAUUGUCUUCGUGACGAAC